GAACGGGGAAACGGCAGUAGAUAGAGGGCACACGGAGGCUAGACAUCCACCUCCAUCCGGAUCGUAUCAAAGUGAAGCAACUUAUUCUAGUUCGCAAGUAAAGCAGGAGUACAACAGCAGCAGAACACCAGACUCUGCAGGAGGAGGCUCUUAUGCUGAGGGUAGUGCAGGUGGGAUUAGUGCUAGUGCAAGUGAAGUUGUGGUUGCAGGUGCAGGUCGGGCUGGAGCCGGAGGUGGACAUCCGGUAAAGGAUUCUCCUUCUCGGGGAGUCCGGGUGAAGGAUUCUCCUCGAGGAGGACAGCGAGUAAGGGAAUCUCCUCGAGCAGUACCAAGGGUAAGGGCAUCUCCUCGUGCCCGUGAUACCCCUCGUGAUACUGCUUCAGACGGUGGACCUACUACAACAUCACGGAGGAUAGUAGCGAACGUUGCCAAGGCGCCGAAAGCAAUAAGAUCAGCUACAGCUCCUAAGGAACGAAUGAGUGCCGGUGCUGGUCCCGCUGCUGCUGCUGUUGGUGGUAAUGAUGGUGGUGGUGUUGCUAAACAAGGAGGAGUUGCUGGGGAAGGUCUAGUUAGCCGCAACCAAGGCGGAGGAGGUGGGAGCUACCCAGCCAGUCAGGGUGGAAGUGAACCUCGCUAUGCAGCAAGUAGAGACAGAGAUAUUGCUGUUCACUCCCCCCACGCUUCUCUAAAAGCAGGUGGAGCGCAGAAGAAAAUCCUACCACCGAGCCAACGCUACAACUUCUAUAGAUACUUCGGUUUUGCCGGCCAGGGAGCGAAGACCAGUAGAGGAUGGAAUCCGAAAUAACCCGUGUCAAUUACCUCAUUGAGCCCACCCAUUUUGCCAUGCUGUCACAUAGUCACCACAGUGAGCGUUGCGGAAUAAUUCUAUCGGGUUCCACUCUGAAGAGCCCUACUGAUCAGCUUAGAAAGGAUCCUAUCCCCAUGAUGUUGAAAAUAGAGAAAACCCCAUGUAACUAAAGUUAUGCUAGUGGUGUGAAGAAGGUAUGAUUGACUGCUAGACAUGGCUUCGGUGCUGCCAUGUUUCGAGCGAGCAGUCGCUUCAAAUCUACUUAGAUUGAGACUAGACUCAACGGUGUAUUUAUAGAACUCUCCUAUUCAAUUGAUAGUGUAACUUCGGCAAAUUGCUAUUGUACCAUCAAGUCAUUUCCAUCUGUACCACCUUUCUUGAGUGUUCACCUGCUUCGUCCAGUUUUCAUCACUUUAUAUUCAGCUUGUUACCGCUGAGUAGAAAACAUUAUGACAGUGACUUGAAAAGAGAGGGCAGCCUCAAACCUCAAACUUUUGCUGAACACAGUCGCUCAGGGAGAGGCUCCCAUUGUUCCACUCAGGAAGAUUGGAACUAGUGGCCUUCACUUGCCACCUCCACUUGACAUUGCCGUAAUGAUGUCAGAGAAGGCCUUAGCUUCCGCAACUGCAACUGUUUUCGCAGUUUUGUUUGUACGUCAUUCAGCAAAAUGGGAUAGAGUUUGCCCAGAUUUGGUAACCGCAUAUGUAUCAUUAGAGAUUAAUCGUUUCGUUCUAGAAUGAUGUCGUGUGGUCUCCAGAAGCUACAAUGUCCUUAACUUCUGAUUCAUCAAGAGUUGCGGACAGUGGUGAAUACGUUGUCCACGAACUACAUAUAACUGUAUAAGUAACUACAACCCUUAUUAAAAUGUGGGUAGUGUAGUCUUCAGCAAAUAGGU